AUGAUCGUUUUCCAGGUACGUCCUCAAUUUUCACCAUUUCUUUCGAAGAUACCAUCCAUCUUACAGAUCCUGUGCGCCAUCACAUCGCUAUGCCUCAAUUUCAUACUGACUUUUCUGAUUUUGACAAAAUCGCCGGCGAAACUGGGCGCCUACAAGUACUUGAUGUGCUACAUUUCAUUGUUCGAGGCGUUCUACUCGAUUUGGGACCUUUUGACGGAGCCGGUCAGUUUGGGAAACGGACAAUAUUUUGUAAAAUUAUGCUUUUUAAUCGAUAGUUCACUUUCAAGACCAGAAAACCUUCUCAAAGUCCUAUGACUUCAACGAGCCUGUAAAUUCAGACAAAAUUUCUCGUUGCCCUAAGGGAUACUGUUUAGAAACGAGACCAUAACUCAAGAUUGACAGGUUUUGGGAUGAAAUGAUCAACUAGAAAAUUGUUAAGCACAAGCCUUACAACAAGUUUGCAGUUGAUCACUUUUCAAAAUAAUCAUUAUAUCUCGAGAUAUAAGGGUUCAAAGAUGACGGUUUUUAUAGUAGGGCGACAGAAAUUUCUUUGAGGACCUAGAUCAGGCUGUUUUUCGAUAUUUGAAAAAAGAAGUCCUUGCAGAUAGUGCACUCCUACAAAGCGGCGUUCGUGGUGCUUCGUGACUUUAAAAAAUCGCUAUUUACCUUCAACCGCGAGGCCAGUUUCGUGCUCGUUUGCGUCUAUUGCGGCCUAUUCGGCUUCUCGCUCGCCAUCUUCGGCGUUCACUUCAUCUAUCGAUACGGAGCCGUCAACAAGUGCACCUAGGCCCAAAAUCUUCAAAUCAAUUUUGAAUUUCAGGGCGUUCCGCGAUCGCUACCUGCCCGGCCGCCGCGUCUACGUCCUGUUCGUCGUGCCAAUGUGGUACUUUGUGUGGUGGGCGGUCCUCUGCUACAUCUACUUUCAUUUCAGCACUCUCACCGAUGAUUAUAUGAAGUGAGCAUUCUUUGGGGACACGGGAUUCCUGGAAAAUAACGCAAUGCUUGUUUUUUAGUAUCAAAGAGUGAAAAAAUAUUGAGGUUGAGGCACCAUUGGGGAUAUAUAGAUGGAUGGCAUCUAUAUACAACGACGGGGUUUUGAAGAUCUUGGCACUGGGGUACUUUUGAGGAGUUUUGUUACCAAAAACUAGUAGUGCAACUACUUAUAAUAUUGGAUAAUAGAGCAUUCAAAAAUGAUGUUGCAGAGAGUCAGUAGCCGAACACUACGGCAUUCCGAUCAAGGACUUCUCCUACAUUUGCGUCUACUUCCAACCGACCGGCGCCGACGGACUUCCCCACCCGGACCCGCGCAUCUUUUUCUCGAUUGGAUGCAUGUGGUAUAUGAUUGUAAGUGAAAUAGAAGGGCACCCAUAAACUGAUAUAGACGGUCUCCAGAGCUGACAAUGAGCGCGCAAGUGCGCCCCGCCCAAUAGAGCGAUACAUUGGCGCGAAAUUCAAAUUUUAACAGCAAAAUGCGUGUUUUUUGCCAGAUUAGCCACGAAAAACCGAUAAUUUCUCAUUUGUCUCUCGAUAGACCGAUUGUAUAGGCUAUUACGAAUUUUUUAAGCGAAAGAGCGUUAAAUUUGGUCAAGUUUGAAGGUUUUUCGCUAAAACUGCGUGAAUUUCAGUUGCUUUUCGGUAGUUUUCGCGGUUCGAGCGCUCAAAAUGCUUGUAUUUACGUAAUCUAUCAUUCUCAAAACCAAUUCUGUCUGAAAACGGUCAAGAACGCGCAAAAUGAGAAGUGCGGUUUCUAGGAAAAAAAAAACAAAUUUUCGAAAAAGCAAAAUCCGCGAAAAAUGCGCCAAAACGUCAUUAAUUCUGUGAGAAUUAGUGUGUUUUCAUCUCGAACAUGCAUUUUUCAUCGCCUUUGACCACACAAAAAUCAGAGAAAACCUGCUCAAUUCAUGAAAACGUCAUUUGUCCGCCGAGGCCACGCCCAUAUUGUCAGCUCUGGAGACCGUGUAUGAUCAACUUCUAAAACGUACGCAAUGUUACGAUUAUCACCAGCUCAGUAUUUCCGUUAUGUACACAUAUUUAUAUUGUAGAUCUCCUCAAUGUUCUGCGUUUUCUACUUUGGCUCUCGGUGCUAUUGGGAGAUCUCGCAGAGCAUCUCGACUACCGCCGCCGUGUCGGCCGCCACAAAAACGCUCCAGUCGCAGUUGUUCCACGCGCUCGUCGUGCAGACGUUCAUUCCGCUGGUGCUGAUGUACAUCCCGAUCGGAAUCCUCUUCUUCUUUCCCAUGGUCAUCUGGCAACUACCGUUCACCACCGAGUUCGUCGGCUACACAAUCGCAUUUUAUCCGGCCAUCGAUCCGCUUCCAAAUAUGAUUAUUAUCAAGUGCUAUCGUCAUGUAAUCAUUGGUAAUUAGAGAAAGGAAACGCUUCUAGAAUCUAGAAGAAAUGUGAUUUCAGAGUGGCUCAUAAAAGUGUUUUUCCGUCUGAAGCCGUCGGAAACGGGAGAAGGGCAACAGCAUCCUGUGAACGCGGUGGAUCCGCAGUCAUUGAAUGGCCGAACCGCUAGGACCAGUAUGGCUAGUGUUCUUUAG